AUUCUCCCACAGUGCUCCGCGACAGCGGGUAUGGAGGCCGGACGGACAGCUGUUCUGAGGGUGAAGAGGAAACGCAAUGCGGAACCUGCCGAGGCUCUUGUCCUCGCCUGUAAAAGGCUCCGAGGCGGCGGGGUCGAGUCAGCUGCCCAGAGGACGCCCCCUGAGGGGCUGGCGAGCGCAGCGGAGAAUAAUAUCUUCCAGCUGGUGGCCACCGUGCGAACCCAGGAGGAACCAGUCCAGCCUAUCGUGCGGGCCGCCCUGCGCGGGUCCCGGGACUUCCAGCAACGCAUCCGUCAAGGCCUCCGCGCGUCGGCUCGGCAGAUGCGGCAGGAGGGCCGCUACCGAGUGGUCUGCAACAACCGAUCCUCGGGGACUCCUUCGUGUAACCCGAACUCCCAGGAUGUGCCGGAGAACCCAGAAGCCUCUGGGGACGCAGGCUUCCAGCUCUUCGACCUGGUCCACGAGGAAGGAGAACCAGAGGCCGCCGUCGCCGGCUCCUGCAGAACAUCUGAUCCAGAUGUGAUCCUCUGCAAUUCCACAGAGUUGAUACGUGAGCGGUUGGCCCUAUCUGAGGAUGGACCAGGAAUUGGACACCGGGAGGGACAGAAGUUUGAUGACUAUGUAUAUGAUAUUUACUGCUUGGAGAUGGCUACUCCAGGAUGGAUUGAGAAUAUCCUCUCUGUGCAGCCCUACAGCCAGGAGUGGGAGCUGGUGAAUGAUGAUCAACAACCAGAGGAAAUUUAUGAUGAUGAAGAUGAUGAGAACAGUGAGAAUAAUUGGCGCAAUGAGUACCCAGAUGAGGAGCAGAGCAGUGAGAGAGAUGAAGAUUCCAGAGGCUCUGAUGAGUACGACAGCUUCAGUGAGGAGGAAAGUGGCAUCAGCAGAUCAGAGAUAUGGAGGAAAUACCCUUUGGAUGUACAGAAGGAGUUUGGUUAUGACAGCUCCCAUGACCUGGAUUCAGACUGAUGGCCCUGUGAUAUCCAUGAGGUUCCACUAUUGUGACUACAGCAUCAGCUAACCCUGGUGACAUGACAUUCUCUCGAGUUUCUAGCUUAACAUGUGGAAGGGAAAAUAUAUACAACAGCAUCAUUUCACCACAGUGAAGACUUGUGUUAAGUCUUCCUUUGCCUCAAUCCAGAAGUCAGGCUGCAGUCCAGAAAAAAAAAAAAAGAGCCAUAAAAAUGAAACUUCCUUUAGCUUCAAAUGGCCCAGGCAUUUUUCCUGAUGAUAAGAUGUUUUCCCAUUCUCCUCCUAUGCAGAAGCCAAUAUGUGGCAUAGGAGGGGCUUCUGACUGUCAUUGGCAGUAAGAUUUGGUUUUCCAAGGAGCAAAUCUAAAAGGACUACAGUGGAUCCCUCAUAGCACACAUACGAUGGAAAACAACUGUGUUUUACCUUCCUGUUUCCUGAUUCUGAUAAUGGUUGUAAAGACUACUGUCUUUCUUUGGCAGUGGUGCCAAAAAAUACAGUAUGUGUAAACAUAUUCUGUGUUUAGUAAAGACUAACUUUGAACAUGA